AUUCUACGAACACGCAGACCGGCAUCAGAGCAAUCGUGAAGGUAUUCAUCAACCAUUCCGUGAUCCCUCAAAUCAGUCAAAAUGGCCGCCACUCUGCCCAACGUUUCCGCCGACCUGAUCUGGGAGGUCGUCCGCGCCCAGAAUGCGUUCCUGGUCAACCGCAACGACGCCGGCGGUCUCCAGCUCUCCCGCGACCCCCUUAACCUGGUCAACAAGCACUCCCGCAAGUACGCCGGAUUCGUCAACGACAAGGCCAUCGGUGUUGUCCCCAACGAGAAGGGUGGUGUCAAGGUGAUCAGCAAGAACCAGAAGAACUCCAACAAGCCCUCCAAGGGCUACACCGAGGUCACCUACGGCGGCAACAAGUCUUCCCGCAAGACCUACUCCGCCGUUGCCCGCCAGGCUGCCGCCGGCGGCUACCGUGGCGACCUCCGCGAGGCUGCCGUCCAGCGCGUCUCCGCCAUCCGCCGCUCCCAGCGCGCCGUCAAGGCCACCCCCGAGAAGAAGCCCCGCGGUGUUAAGGCCAAGGCCGCCGCCGCUGCCGAUGUUGAGGCAUAAAUGUUGAAAUGCUGAUUUAAGCGGGCGGACUGGACAACAAAAAAGAGAAAGACACAGGGCUUGGUUUGGGCGUUACGUCGAGCAAAUAGAGAAUACCUUUUUGUGAGGGACACAGGCGAAACAAAUCAAAAGCUUGAGUCAAA